AUGCCUAGCAGACUUCACCAUGACCAGGGACGUGAAUUUGAGAACAGAUUUUUCUUUGAGUUACAGAAGUUGUGUGGAAUUCAUCACUCUCGUACAACCCCCUACCACCCCCAAGGAAAUGGCCAAGUGGAGCGUUUCAAUAGAACGUUGUUACAAAUGUUAAGAACUCUAGAACCGUCUUUCAAAUCUGACUGGAAAUCUCAUUUAAACAAAGUCGUUCACGCAUACAAUUGUACGAAGAAUGAAUCAACUGGAUAUGCACCAUUCUUCUUGUUAUUCGGACGUCAUCCAACACUGCCCAUUGACCUCGUUUUCCCAGAGCUACAGCACUCAGAAUCAAAGCAGACUUACUCACAGUAUGUCACUCAGUGGAAGGCUCGCAUGGAGGAGGUUUACAAAGUAGCAUCACAGCAAGCAAUGAAGAUGUCUGAUAAGGGAAAGCGUCAGUAUGACAAGGCACUAUUGAGCGCACGAUUGUAUCCUGGAGACCAUGUACUGGUGAAGAAUCUUUUGGAAAAAGGAGGGCCAGGGAAAUUAAGGUCAUACUGGGAGAAGGAUGUGUAUGUGGUACUUAAGCAAGUAAAUGAGGAUACACCAGUGUACGAGGUGAGGAAGGAGUCAGGACAGGGUGAUAUCAGGAGACUUCACAGGAACCUGUUAAGGCAGUGCAAUUCUCUACCUGUAGAGUCCGGACAUAAGGAGAAGGAAAAACCCUACCGGUUAAAACAAAACCGCAAACCAGCAGCCCCAGUCUAUGAUGCUGAUGGCAGCUCCUCUGAUUCGGAUGGAUCAAUUGAUUUUGGAGGGAUCUCCUUAAAUCCACAUGCAGAACCGUUUGUGCCUCAACAGCAUAUUACAGAAUACGAUAGCUCAGACUCGGUGGUUGAAGUAGAGAAUCCUAGUGACUCUCAUUCGGAGGAACCUGUUGUGAUUUCUGACAGUUCUGGUGACAGUUUUAGGUCAGCCCAUAGUUCAGAUAGACAGUCUGAUAGUCAGGAUGAUCAGGAAGGCCCAAAUUCUGAGGAUAGACGUGGGGAGCCAGAUGUUGACGAAACCAGCGAGACUGAAGACUAUCAGUCAGAACGACCUAGGAGAACAACCAAACCUCCCAGGAAGUUUACAUAUGAACAGUUAGGGAAACCGUCAUAUAUACAGACCAUUAAACCAGACUUUGAAAUUUUUGUGUAG